AUGAAGGCGGCGGUAAGUCAUGAGACGCUGCACCCUUCACUUGGAUCCCCGGGUGAUGCGGUAGUCUAUCAUCCACUGAGCCUGAGCAGAGAAGCGCAAGCAGAGGAAGAGAAGGGCGCCGAGGCAGUCAAGGUCCAGGUACCCCCCGCGGCGAUCCAACACAUUUUUGCGCACCGUCAAUGGCGUGCCGGCAUGCUAUUGGCUGAUGCCAUCGCACACGGUCACCUUGCUCUAGCUGAAAAGACGGUAUUGGAGCUGGGCGCGGGUACGGGCUUGCCAGGCAUCGUCUCAGCGCGGCGUCAGGAUGUGAAAAUGACUGUCCUGACCGACUAUGACUCGCCGCCAAUCGUAUCACUCCUACAGCAAAACGUCCGAACGAACACCGGAUCGAGCAUGUCACGAGUCCGCGUCGCCGGACAUACGUGGGGAGUGGCGAUGGAUGACGUCGUAGAGCUGCUGCCCACGUCCCUGCAGUCGCACCUCUUUGACGUAGUCCUGCUUGGCGAUUGCAUCUGGGACGAUCUGUCUCACGCAGCGCUGCUCAAGUCUAUCACCUUCUUGCUGGGCAAACGAGCCACCUCGCGCGUCUACAUGGUCGCUGGCCUCCAUACAGGCCGGCAGCGGAUUGUGUCCUUUUUGCGACGAGCAUACCGUGCUGGUCUCGAGCUUCGUCCACUAGAUCUCGAUGCCUCUUGCGAUUGGAUGAAGGCGCAAGACAAAGACGGAGAGGAAGCGGCUUCUGAAGAACUUCGACGGCUCAAAGACGACGAUGCGCUCCGGGAUGCGCCAGAGCUCGUCUUGGAGCUAGGCGUUGGCGGCGGAGACGAAAAAGGUCAGAGUGACAAGGUGUGGGAAGCGAACAAACCGAGACUUGACGGAAGGAGACGUACAUUUGUGCACCAGGAAAGGUUGGAAGAGGCACAAGAGAUGGGAGGCAUCAAAGAGAGGAACCGUUGGAUCACAAUAUCGGCCCUGGGGUGGCGAGAAGACUUGCUUUGA